AUUGAUCAACAUUCAACGAUCAACUGUGGCAUUGUGUACUGUUGAACCAAAAUAUCAAUUACCGGUAUUAUUUUAUCUAGUAAAUGCUUAUUUUGGAGUUAUGCGAAAACUUUAAUUGAUGUAUGGCAAUCAAAGUUUGGAUAGAAUGUGUACCGAGUCUGUGUGAAACAAUUAUUUCUAUUCGAUUCUAAUUUGAGGAGAAAAGUAGAAUAUGGCUGCUGCUGCUGCUGCUGCUCUGCUCGACGAGCUUAUGGGUCGAAAUCGGAAUGUACUUCCAAAUGAAAAGCCUAAGGAACUAAAUUGGGAGGAUCCGGAGUUUUGCAAACUGUAUCUGGUCAAGUUUUGUCCCCACGAUCUGUUUGUGAAUACAAGAGCUGAUUUGGGGGCGUGUUCUCGGGUUCAUGAUGACGAAGCCAGAGAACUUUUUGAAAAAGCGGCUUAUUCCUACAGAAAACAACAGUACGAAGAUGAAUUCAUCAGAUUUUGUCAGAGUAUGCUUAAUGAAGUUGAACGUAAAAUCAUAAAAGGGAAACAACGACUUGCAUUGAUUGGCAGGACUGAAGCGCCUACAUUAACUCCUGCUCAAACACAACGAAACGAGGAACAAAUUGCUCUGUUAACUGAAAAGAUAAAUAAAUUGGUGGAAGAAGCCGAACAAAGUGGAAUUCAGGGAAAUGUCGAACAAGCACAGGGACUUAUGCGCCUUUGCGAUCAACUCAAAGAGGAACGAGAGACGUUGCGUAAAUCUAAUGAUAAUAGCCAUUAUAAUCAAACUGCGGAAUUAGCAGCAGCCCAGGAGAAGCAAAUGGAGGUCUGUGACGUGUGUGGCGCAUUCCUUAUAGUUGGCGAUGCUCAACAACGGAUCGACGAUCAUCUCAUGGGCAAACAACAUGUUGGCUAUGCCAGGCUAAAAAGUGCCCUGCAAGAAAUAAUGAGCAAACGGGAAAAAGCACGAGACGAAAAGGAGCAAAAGAGGGAUGAAGAUAGAAAGGAAAGAGCGCGCAUGCAUGAGGAGAAUGACAGAAGACGUCAGAACAGAGAACGAGAAAGAGAUAAACGUCGACGAAGAACCGACGACGAUAAAACUAGACACGGUUCUGGGAAUUAUAGAAAUUCUGGGCAACGCAGUAGAAGCAGAUCUGUAGACAAGCAUGAACGGCACAGAGAUGAAGAGAAUCAUCGCCGCCACAAUAGGGACAGAGGAAAUCGCGAUCAUCGAAGUUCUAGUCAUCAUAGCCGUCGUCAACAUCGUUCAAGAAGUCGAAGUCACAAGUAACUACUCUCCUCUUGAUUGGUUAGUGAGUCAGAAGUAAGCCAGGUAUGCACUAAAUAUUAAAUUCUUAACAUCUCAAUUAUUAUACAGGUUCAUACCAGGUGAGUUUCACUUAGUCACACAUUUAUCUGUUAUUAUUAUGUAAUAAUUUCGCAUUUAGUAAGUAUCAUUCAAUGCACAGGUAACAAUAAGGCGCGAGAAUAUAAUGUUUUUAUUUGCGAAGAGUUGAAAAUUGUAAAUGAAAAUAGAAUGUAAGGAAAUUGUGUGAAUAUAUCAUUCAAACCAAUAUUAGCACAUGCCACUUCGUGUUUUAUUACGAUAGUUUUUCGAUUUUUUAUUUUCUUUUUUUCGUUUGCUAGUGAUGUUAGACUAGCGAGUUGAAUGAGAAUAAACCUUCAGUGCAUAAUGAAACAAAUAGGUAUAUGUUAAUUAAAAUUGAAUCGAAAGUCUGGAUGUAUAGGGAUAGGAUUGUGUAUUUUACACUUGUCUAUGAAAGCACUAAUUCCACUUUUAAUUGAAAUUGAUCGAGCUUGUUGAUAGUAUGAUAGCAUUUAAUAUUGAUCAGUAUCUAUUCCAUUAAGAUCAGAUGUCUUGACUUCGAAUAAGUAGGUGGAUUUCAUUGAGGUAAAAGUAUAAUUUUUGCUGCUUGAUUGAUGUAUAGUGUUUGUAAUUGUCCAUUUUUCAAGCCUUUUUCUAGCUAUUAUAUGAACAAUAUGUAUAAAGGUGAAAGAGAUCAACUGACUAGGUUCGUCAUAGGCUAGAUUGUCGUUGAGAAAUUGAAGGAACGGUAACUUAAAUGAACAAUUCUUUUCUUAGACAAAUUACCAUACGAUUGGUAUCGUAUGGUAUUGGUAUUGAAUGAACCACUUUAUACGACGAAAGCAAGCCCUAUGACCCUAUUCAGGCUAUGACACUUAACCACAUCCAUCUUGUAGAUAUCAGUGCUUACACUCUUCAAGUUUUCCAGUUAAUUUUCGAGGACACCCAAGAUGAAUCGUGGGUAACCCAACUUACGAUAAUAAUUGACGAAUAUCACUCUACCAUUUACACUGAAGGUUUUGGCAAUCGCAUGAAAUUGUGGCAGGUGAAUGAAAAAUAGCUUUUUUGGAUGGAAAUAGUGCGGAGGAUCAUCAGGAGUACAAUAAUUAUAAAUAAAGCAAUAUAGGUUCAACCAUCGAGGAUUAUUAAAAAAUUGUUUUUUUUGUGGUAUAUACUUGCCGAGAUCAUAGUAUUUGUUAUGAAAAUUUCUGCAGUCUUUUGUGAGUAGUGUGUGCGUGUGAGAUAAAUGGCAAAUAAUUGUUCACUGUAAGGAGCACAGUAAGAUUCUGCAAGUACACAGGCAGAUUCGCUGACUGUUUUGUUCACGUUUCUUUCGUGACUAGUGUGUUUCCGAUCAUACGUGAAUUUCGAUGGUAACCACAUUGAUUUAUUCGGCUCAUCAAUAAACAUUGUGAUUUAUCGUUUAUCUAAAUUUUUUUCAUAUUCAAUGGAUAAUGAUCUAUUUUCAGAAUGAAGAUACUCGGAGAUACGUGGCCCAGGCAGUGAAUUCAUUUGUGCUGCUUAAUAUAAUGUUGAGGUAAAAUUUUUGCAUAAUCUUAUAAUUUAAGAUUUAGUAUAAAUUUUCUACAACGCCCAAAUUGAUGGCGACUAAACUAAUGUUGUGAAUGAACAAUCUCCUCCAUCGUAAGUCAUUCUGACAGCGUCGGUCUAGAAAUUCUAUAAUUAUAUUGUUACUUUAAAUUGAACAGACAUUUGUUUGUAAAUGUAGAACAAUUGUUAGUUUGAAUUACUGUUGCAUAAAAACAAAAACUACGAUUUAGCUGAGUCAACGAUCCAUCAGUUCGAUUGUAAAACUUGAAUGACUGUUGUCUUAAAAAAAAAUAAACAAUAUUGAAGAAA